AUGGGAUCCAAUCUUAAGUACAGUGCUGCCAACUCAUCAAGAAUAACAAAGAGGACUAUCAAUACGUCUCCGGUUAAACAGGCGCAAAAAGACUUGAAAAAGUAUCUACCUUCGCAGACAAAAUAUUUGCAGAAUUUAAAGAACAAGAAAGCUUUAAGUCCAUCACCCAAAAUAUCGGAAGGCAAACAAGACGAUGUGCCACUUACUGUCCAAGAUUAUAAUGUGCAGCUAGACUACCAGCUUUCCAAGAAAGAUGAUAUAUUGGUAGCGGUCAAUACUAUUCUUGAUAACCAAUGGUCCGAAUCAACCACUCUUCAUUCAAGGUUUCACACGAGGCAAGAAGUACAAAAUUCCCGUAAUAACGAAGAUCUUUUGUUCCUGUUACCUGGGUUAUCCAUGAAAGUUAAAGCAGAAGUCAUUAAAUAUAGGACAAAUCAAUUACCUCAUGGUUUAAUUACGAUAAAUCAACUUUAUUCCAUCUACGAACAGCAGGGCAAUACAUUUGUAGAUAGAAAUCUAGAAAUGAGAAUACGAGAAGGGAAACUUCGAAAGUUUGUUAUAACUAAUGCAUCACCGAUUAUACUGAGAUCGCCUCAAAAAUUUCAACAUGGCAAAGUAACAUAUGGCUAUGAAAAUGUCGAAGUUAUAGUUAAAUCUGAAAACUAUUUGAAUAACAUAAAGAGCCAGAUAAAUAUAUUGGAGAAGGAAAUGAAUGUCCAAGACAUACUGAUAAAUGAUAAAUCUAAUAAGGCGUCCUUGUGUGAAUGCUUGCAAAAGUUUCUUAAAUUUGUCAUCAAUCACCCUACUGCCCUUUUCAUAAACAAUAACCAAGGAAUGGAUAAUCAAGAGCUUUCAAAGUUGGUAUCUCUAGGGUAUAUAACCUUAACUUCGAACCAUUUGAAUGAAAUAGAAUCGCAUCAGUAUUCAAUAUCUUAUCCAAAUUGUGGUACUUACCUUAAGCUUAUUAAUGCAGGGCGUUCAUGGUUAGUCAAAAGCUUGAAUAAAUGUAAAUAUAAAGAAUUACUUGAAGAGCAUCUAUUCAACAGAUGGGAAGGUCUUAAUACAAGUUUCAAUGGGACUUCGAAAAUGAACAAUUUUAGAAGUCCUUUCUAUGGAUAUGACUUAUUUUGGAUAUUAGCAGAUGCACUCGGGGCAGGAGUUAUAGAGGUAUUUAACACCCCUGUCGGAAGGGGCUGGCGAUUAACAGGGAAGGUUUAA